AAUGGCCGGUGUCACUUCUACAUGGGAAAACACGCCUUCAUCAGCAUUGGGAGCUUCUCAUUGCUCUUCUCCACCAACUCCUCCUUGAUGGGGAGAGCCAAUCAACUGAUCUCCAAGCUGACGGAGGGAGGUCUGUGGGAUGAGUGGCUGGCGCGGCAACUCGGUAACUCCAAGGAAUGUUUGAAGCCACCAACAGCUGACCGAGGCAAGGGUGUGAAGCCUCUCGGUGUGCAGGACAUACUUGGCUUAUUAGUUCUCCUGGGUAUUGGGUACGUCGCUUCGGUGAUUCUGUUCGCUGGGGAGACUCUCUUAAUCUACCGUACCAAACAUGAGCCCAUGGUAGCCGCGAAUUUGCCUCCACCCCCACGCGUCACCAACCCCUGACCACAUGCCACUGAUGAACCGGACGCCCAGCUCUGCCCUCCUCGUCACAGGUUUUUCACUACUUGCCAGGGUGAAGAAUAAUAUUAGGCUCCUUCUGACAAUGAAAUGUUAACGUUAGACUAAAAAUAAUUGUCUUACAUUUUUAGGUUUCUGAAAAUGAAGAAUAUUACGUAUGAAAAAUCUACACACUAUUUAUCAAACAUUAGCAUUAUAAUAAAAAAAAAGUGUGAUCAUAAAGUUGAUAUUGUUGUUUAGUAUAUGAAAUCUUUCGUGUCCUCAAUUUUAUUAUGAAUUAACUUUCUCUUUCGAGCUGUGACGAUUGAAUCCAAAUAUUAAAAGAGAAAAACAUGUAUUGUAAUUGUAAAUAAGUUCGUAUCUUUCGAGGACGAUAUUGAAUGAGAAGCGAAACCUUAACAAAAAUGCUUAAUUCUAUGUUGUGGUUUUGUUUGUCUGUUAGUAUUUAAAAGGAAGAGUUAGUGCAUUGUGACGAGGAAGAAACCUGACCA